AUGGCGCUGAGCUUGGAGCAGGCGGAGGAGCAGCGGUUGUACCAACAGACGCUCCUGCAAGAUGGGCUCAAAGACAUGCUGGACCACGGCAAGUUCCUUGACUGUGUGGUGCGGGCUGGCGACCGUGAGUUCCCGUGCCACCGCCUGGUGCUGGCCGCCUGCAGCCCCUACUUCCGGGCGCGCUUCCUGGCCGAGCCGGAGCGCGCGGACGAGCUGCGCCUGGAGGAGGUGUCCCCGGACGUGGUGGCCCAGGUGCUGCACUACCUGUACACGUCGGAGAUAGCGCUGGACGAGGCGAGCGUGCAGGAUUUGUUUGCCGCGGCCCACCGCUUCCAGAUCCCGUCCAUCUUCACCAUCUGCGUGUCCUUCCUGCAGAAGCGCCUGUGCCUCGCCAACUGCCUGGCCGUCUUCCGUCUCGGCCUUCUGCUCGACUGCGCGCGCCUCGCCGUGGCCGCCCGCGACUUCAUCUGUGCGCGCUUCUCGCUGGUGGCGCGCGACGCCGACUUCCUUGGACUCUCGGCCGACGAACUCAUCGCCAUCAUCUCCAGCGACGGCCUAAACGUGGAGAAGGAGGAGGCGGUGUUCGAGGCGGUGAUGCGGUGGGCGAGCAGCGGUGACGCCAAGGCACAGGCAGAGCACCAGCGCGCGCUGCCCACCGUGUUCGAGAGCGUGCGCUGCCGCCUGCUGCCACGCGCCUUCCUGGAGAGCCGCGUGGAGCGCCACCCUCUCGUGCGUGCCCAGCCCGAGUUGCUGCGCAAGGUGCAGAUGGUGAAGGACGCACACGAGGGCCGCAUCACCAAGCUGCGCAAGAAGAAGAAGGACAAAGGGAAGGACGCAGCCAGGGCCAAGGAGGCGGACAAGGGCACAGCUGAAGCCAAGGCAGAGGAGGAUGAGGAGGCCGAAUGCGUGCUACCUGGGAUCCUCAAUGACACCUUGCGCUUUGGCAUGUUCCUGCAGGACCUCAUCUUCAUGAUCAGUGAGGAGGGUGCUGUGGCCUACGACCCAGCUGCCAACGAGUGCUACUGUGCCUCCCUCUCCACCCAGAUACCCAAGAACCAUGUCAGCCUGGCUACCAAGGAGAACCAAGUCUUCGUGGCUGGGGGCCUCUUCUAUAACGAGGACAACAAAGAGGAUCCCAUGAGUGCUUACUUCCUGCAGUUUGACCACCUGGACUCGGAGUGGCUGGGGGUGCCGCCGCUGCCCUCGCCGCGCUGCCUCUUUGUUCUGGGGAGGCCCAGUGAGGUAUCGGGGUGUGUCGUGCGGGUGGGUGAACGCAGAGACGGGGGGUGCGCGCACGCCUGAGCCGAGCGCCCGCCCGCUCCCGUCCCCUCCAGGUCGUUCAAAUGGGGCGAAUCGGACCCGCUGCCUUACGCCGUGUACGGCCACGCGGUGCUCUCCCACAUGGACCUUGUCUACGUCAUUGGCGGCAAAGGCAGCGACAGGAAGUGCCUCAACAGGUUGUGCGUCUAUGACCCCAAGAAGUUCGAGUGGAAGGAGCUGGCACCCAUGCAGACCGCCCGCUCACUCUUUGGGGCCACCGUCCAUGAUGGGCGCAUUUUUGUGGCGGCCGGGGUCACCGACACAGGGCUGACCAGUUCGGCAGAGGUGUACAGCAUCGCAGACAACAAGUGGGCCCCCUUUGAGGCCUUCCCACAGGAGCGCAGCUCGCUCAGCCUGGUCAGCCUGGCAGGCACACUCUAUGCCAUUGGUGGCUUUGCCACUCUGGAGACCGAGUCCGGAGAACUGGUCCCCACGGAACUCAACGACAUUUGGAGGUAUAACGAGGAUGAGAAGAAGUGGGAGGGCGUCUUGCGGGAGAUCGCCUACGCGGCCGGUGCCACCUUCCUUCCUGUGAGGCUCAAUGUGCUGCGCCUGACCAAGAUGUGACCAGCCCAGAGGCUUGAAUUCAGCACCCUCCCAUCCUGUGGCCCUCACACGUCUGGCCUUGUGGGGGCUCCAGGUAGGAGGCUGGAAGAGGCCAGAGCCCACCUGAAUCCUGUCAUGGUGCCAAGGGGCUGCUUCAGCCAGGGAAGAGAAAUCGCUGCCCAGGCCUAGCCUUUUAGGCGGGGAUGAGAAAUUUGAGGCCUGUCCAGUGUCACCCUAUCCCCCUGGGUGUUCUUGCUCCAGGAACCAGAUCCACAGGGAGGUGUCCCAGGCUGCAUCCUGGCCCUGCCCCAGCCUGGUAGUGUGAGCUGGGUAAGUUUCUUACAGGACUCUGUCUCCCUGCCUGUGAGAUGGGAGUGUCCCCAUCAAGCUCACUUUGCUGCAUGGAUAAAUCUCCUUCUUUAAGAAGAAUAAAGUGCCUUCCGAGCAAGCCA